UGGAAUACUUAUUUGUAGGUUAAUGUCAUUUUCACGUCAUUCUAAAUCUAAUGUUAUGACAUUUUAGAUUAUUUAAAUUUAUAUUUUCAUUCCAAACAUUUCCAUAAAAACUUUAAAUAGUGUCAUUAUUUUUUUCCUGGCUUGAGUUCGAACAACAAUGUUUUCUGUUAUUAGAUCUUCAGUACAGCGCCAAUUACAUAGAUCAAUUGCUACAUCUUUAAGCAAAGCAAAAGAAAUAGACCCUACACAAGAAGCUUCUUUGAAAGAACAAUGUUACCUAGUAGAUGUUAAUGACAAAAUUAUUGGCCAAGCAAGCAAAAAAGAGUGUCAUCUGGUACAGAAAAAUGGGGACAUACCUUUACACAGAGCAUUUAGUGUAUUUUUAUUCAAUAAGAAAGGAGAUUUGCUCUUGCAGAAGAGGUCUUCAUCAAAGAUUACCUAUCCAGAUUUCUACACCAACUCCUGCUGCAGUCACCCAAUAGCAGACUUCCCGUUAGAAGCCGAAGAAGAAAAUGCCACUGGAAUAAAGAGGGCAGCUGUACGCAGACUAAAUUACGAACUUGGCAUCCCACUCGAAAGCCUGCCACUCGACAGCCUCAACUACAUCACUAGAAUUCACUACAAAGACGAAGGCAAUGGCAAAUGGGGCGAACAUGAAAUAGAUUAUGUCAUUUUCAUACAAGCUGAUGUUAAAAUCAAACCGAAUCCGAACGAAAUAUCAGAAAUUAGCUUUGUUCCUAGAACGGAAUUAGACGAGUACAUCCAUACUCUAAACGGUCCUUUAACUCCAUGGUUUCAGCUUAUUCUUAAACACCGGCUUAAGCUUUGGUGGGAUAAUUUAGAAAAUCUAGACGAAUUUAAGAACUAUGAGAAAAUACUUCAAUUAAAAGCGUAGAAUAAAUAUAAAUUUGAAUAAUUGUUUGUGGCAUUUUGUUGAAUUUUAAAAUUUUAUGGCAUUUAUUUUUUGUAGCUUUAAACUGUUCCAAACAGUAUUUUAUUCAGAAUGUAUCUGACAUGUAUUUAAAAAAAAUAAGUAAGUUGUUAUUCAAAGUUUGUUAAUUAAUACUACAAAGUAAGUUCUAUAAUUUAUAAUAUAAUAAUAAUGGGUCUUAUCCGAUCUUCCAACUAAAAGUUUUACAAUUUACAAAAACUAAAAAGCAAGAUAUUAUAGUCGAUCCGCUAAUCUCGUAUACAAGAGUCUAGUAAUUUUAGUAAUUUUUUUGCGAAGUUAAUUACAUUUUAACAGACGAAGCUUUAUUUUUAAACCAAGGGUAGUAAACUAAAAAGACAGAUUCACACACAAGAAAGUCACUAGAACUAUCAUCAAAUACAUAUUUUUUGGUUGAUCAUAAUAUCGACCAUUUACGGUAAUCCAUAAAUAUUAUAUUAUACUAAUACAUCGCUAAAGAGUCUUGAAAUUAAUGUGGAAGGAAAGAUUAUCUGGGGUACUUAGAAAUGAGACACGCCAUGUUCUGUUCAAUAUUAACGACUAUUUUAUUUCAAUAUGUCACACCGGCAACUUACAAUACAAUACCAAUAUGUUUACAUUAGUUAUCAACCGAUCAACCGAUGGCGCUACAUGUAUUAAAAUACUUAUUUUUUGAUACAUCUCAACACCACCACUUAUCAAAAAAUCUAAACCUUCAAACCUAGCCCAAAUUUAGAUUUUUUAACAUUCUUCAACCCUUUAGUAAGGAUGUCAGCCAACAUUUCAUCAGUACGUAAAUACUUUAAUUCAACAACAUUAUUUUGAACAGCCUUUCUGAUAAAAUGGUGACGGAUGUCAAUAUGUUUUGUUUUUUCAUGGAAUACUCGAUUCAUACAUAACUUCUGAGUCCCUUGAUUGGCAUUAUACAAAACAACUGAUUCCAGUGUUCCUUGAAUUUCCGACAACAAAUUUCUCAAAUAAAUGGCUUCCUUAGUAGCCUUCCCUAAAGCUACAUACUCUGCUUCAGUGCUAGAAAGAGCCACUGAUUUCUGUUUAACACUCUUCCAAGAAAUUGCACCACCCGAAAGUUUAAAAACAAAACCUGUGUAAGAUAUUCUAACUUAUUUGAGGCCUAAUCAGCAUCAACAAACCCUGUUAAAACUAAAUCAUCCCUUUUAUAUGUCAAACAAAUAUCUUAGUCCCCUUUAAGUACCUCAAUAUCUUUUUAGCACAUUUCUAAUGAUACUCAUUAUGACUUUUAUUAAAUUGACUUAGAAAACUUACCUACACUAUAUGCAAUGUCUGGCCUUGUCAAAACUGCUAAAAACAUUAAACUACCAAUUAACUUUUGAUAUAAAGGAUUUUCAAUUUUUUCUUUGCAACUACUUUCUCCAAAAUCAAAACUAUCUAUCGGUGAGCUCACAACAUUGCACUGGUCCAUUUUAAACUUUCUUAAUAAGUUUGCAAUAUAAGCACUCUGGUCUAAUCUAAUAGUAUCUUUAUCCCUAUGAAUUUUCAUACCAAGACACAAUUUUAACUGACCUAAGUCUUUAAUUUUAAAUUUUGAACAUAAUUCUGCCUUUAAUAAAUCAGUUUGGGCCCUAUCAUUACUAAAAAUAAUAAAAUCAUCCACAUAUAGAGCCACUACAACUAAACUCUUAUCAAUUUUCUUAAUAUAGACACAUGAUUCAUAAUCUGAUUUAUUAAAUGCUAGGCCAAUCAAAAUUUCAUUCACUUUUUGAUAUCAGGCUCGAGAAGACUGCUUUAAUCCAUACAUGGCCUUUUUUAAAUGACAAACUUUAUUUUCAUUGCCCUUAAAAAUAUAACCUUCUGGUUAACGCAUGAAUACUGUUUCUUGCAAGUCACCAUUUAAAAAAGCUGUCUUCACGUCCAAGUGAAUAACAUCUAAAUCUAACUUUACAGAUAAGGCUAAUAACAACCCUAAAAUUGAAUACCUUAUUACAGGAGAAAAGGUCUCCUCAUAAUCCACACCUUCACGUUGAGUGUACCCCUUAGCCACUAAGCGAGCCCGAUAACACACCCGAUCAUCACAAUCAACUUUGGUUUUAAAAACCCACUUACACUCAACUAAAGUUCCACUUUUUGGAGUAUCGACCAACUCCCAUGUAUCACUUUCUGCAUAUCUGCAAAAGACUGCAUCUCUUCAUCCAUGGCCCUCUUCCAUCUGUCCGAAUCUGGUCUGGAUAGAGCUUCUGACACACUGGAUGGAAUAUCUUCUAGAUCUACUUCCUGCUGUUUAUGACAUUGAAAUGUCACAUAGUCCUUGAAGACCUUUAGCUUCUUCGUUCUAUCGGAUCGUCUUGAGAUACUUGGUAUUUCUGGUGUGAUCACUUUAUCUGGAACAUACUCUGGGUCAUUUGAGUCAUCUCUGAGGUCAUCAUCCAAAAUGUUAUGGUUUUCUUCCUCAUCUGAGAGUCUAUCUGGGAAUUUACCUUGGUCUGGAUCCCCCACUUGAGCUAAUACCUAUGUCAACGCAAUCUCAUUGCUUGGUGAUUCUAAAAAAUCAAAGUUUUUAAGCAGCUUUGGUUUUUCAUUAAUGACCACAUCUCUACUGGUAAUUACACUCUUCUUAAUGGGAUCAUAGAGCCUAUAGUCCUUCACAUUUUGACCAUAACCAACCAAGAACACCUUCUCUGCCUUUUUGUCAAACUUCUGUAUUUUUUCUUUGGGUACGUGCACCAUUGUCUCACUACCAAAGAUUCGAACAUGACUCACAUCUGGCUUUUUAUUAUUCGCAGUGUGCAAGUACUUGGAAGGGAAACGAGAAACGACCGUGCGCGAGUCGCGGAGAAAUAUUGCAACUAUCUUAAAUAAUUCAUAUUGUCAAUUGAAAUUGUCAAAUUGACGUAUAUUUCAUACCUUCUGUCAUUGAAGCAGAAAAAUUAUAUAUUGCUCCACAAUAUUGAUAUGAUAUGCAAUUAUUAUAUAAAGGUAAAUUUAAUUAAUUGUAUUUUGCUUGCAGUACUGCAUUUUAAUAACUAAUUUUAUUUACUACAUACAAUUUUUUACGUUUGCAUAACAUAACCUGCAUCUUAUUUUUUCUUCUUAUUAUUUUUUUGGACUAUGGCCUUGACAAUUAUCCAGCAACCAGGACUAAUAUAAUUGGCCAAUAUAAUUAAGAGUGCGAAUAAAAGUACAGAGCGUAGAAAUAGAGGUCGCUUUGCCGAACUUGCACGGUCUAAAUAGAAUAGUUCAUAUGGUGUUCUACCCUUAAGACCUCUGACCACAGACCUAUUUCUUAAGUAAGCAGCCGUAUUGAUGGCUUCAGCCCAAAACUGUUUAGGAAAAUCUGCAUCGAACAACAAGCACCUCGUCUUCUCCACCAGCGUGCGGUUCAUUCUCUCCGAAGUACCAUUCUGCUCUGGGGUGUAAGGAUUUGUUUUUUGAUGUGUUAUACCAUUCUUACUUAAAAAAGAUUUAAAGUCAGCACUACAAAAUUCUCCUCCGUUGUCAGACCUAAAACAUUUGAUUUUGUGCCCUUUUUGGUUCUCAACUAGCAAUUUAAAUUCCUUAAACCUAUCUAGAGCUUCACUUUUGUGUUUUAAAAAAUAAACAAAAACCAUCUUACUCAGGUCAUCUUCAAGAACCAAAAAAUAUCUGGAUCCUCCGAUGGACAUCACCUCCAUGGGACCACACAAAUCACCAUACACAACUUCGAGUAGUUCUGCAGCACUAUUUCUACUACUCUUGAACGGUAACCGAGUCUGCUUUCCCUCACAGCACACCUGACACAGAUUAUGCAAACUUGUCCGCCCUUUAUAGUCCAAGCCUGCAACUGCCCCGUCCUCAUUAUACCCAAGUCUCUAAAGUUGAUAUGACCGAAACGUCUAUGCCACAAAUCACAACCAUCUUGAGCAUACGUAGAGAACGCCACUGGCUGAGACUUGACAAAAUUAAGUCUAUAAACUUGAUUUAUUAAAUCAGCUGUAGCCACACUUGUACCUUUACUAUUAAAAAUCUCUCAACCUUUCUGGUUAAAAACAACCUUGUUGCCAUUUAAAAUCAACUGGCUAACUGACAGUAAAUUGGUUGUAAUAUUUGGUACCCAAUGAACGUUUGUAACUACAAUGUCAAAGUUUUUGUUGCUACUUACUGUAGUUAACUCUACUUCUCCGGUACACAACACAGACAUCUUUUCAUUGUUGGCUACUAAAAUUUCUUUGAGCUCCAUAUCCUGGGAUGCAUUCUUUAUCCAGUCAUUUCUUGACGUUAGAUGCACACUUGCUCCAGAGUCAAUGUACCAAUCACUAUUAUUAAAUCCACCAUUUAAAAAGACCGCACUAAAGGCACUUUUAUCUUCAGGUUUUCUGUGCUGUUUUCGAAAAUUCUCAAACUCCCGUUUCAAAAUUGGGCACUUGUUUUUGUAAUGACCGACCUGUUGACAUCCAUAGUAAAUGACAUGUUCUCUGCUUUUGUUAUGAUUGUCAUUUCUGUCAUUGUUUUUGGAACUACCACCGCCCUCUUUGGGAUGUUUUCGGAACUUGCCUUGACUUUGACUUACAAAAGCACUACCAGUAGAUUUUUCACUGUCUGUGUUCCUACUGUUACAAUCUUUCUGCAUAUCGAUUAACUUGGAUUUUAUUGAAUCUGCUGUUAUUUCAAUGCCCGAGUGUUCCAGAGCCAUUGUCAUUGGAGCGAAUCUAUUCGGCAACCCCGCAAGUAACAACGAACCGACCCAUUCACUAGUAAUUUCGAAUCCACUCCGAGUUAAUUUCUGGGCUGUUUCAAUCAUCUGCCCUAUAUACUGUUCCAUACUAUCACAAUUAUCCAGUCGUAUAUUUAUGAGAGUCCUAAGUAAAUCAAUCUUUCGCGUAAAAGUUUUCUCACCAUACAGUUUUUUUAGUGCUAUCCACAUAUCCAACGCUGUUUUUUCCUCGCGAAUAUGUACAUAAAUGCAACUACUAAUGAAAUAAAAAUUUUAGUAGUUCCAAAAUGACAUAAAAUCUAGGCAUCGGAUAAAAAAGUUUAUUUGAAGAAAGUGCAUUUUUUUGUUCUUCUUAAUGGCGGGAGAGGCUCAUUUUUUUAAUAUUGUAUUUAAUUACAGAGUAAUUUCCACAUAUUAAUAUAUUUUUCAAAUUGGGCUCUGUACCGCCAUUCUUUAUUAUAUUACGAAUACGUGUGCCAAAUAUCUCGAAAAAAUAUUCAAAUUUACAGCCGCAAUCUUGGAACGCUGUUUCGCUACUGUUUCCUCUUAAAAACAAAAAAAGAGUUCCGAGCUAUAAAAAAUUAUUAAAAGUCCUCUGGUAAAAGCUUUUUUUGACUAUUACGCCUUUAUCAAAACUUCUAUAUAUCGCCGUCUCUAUUUUCUUCGAGCAAAAUUUUGUAUUCCCUCUUUCAAUUUUAGAAAAGACGAAAACUUGAGUUCUUCGGACAUGCGAUGAGAGAUUUUUACAGAUUAGUUGUUUCUAGAAAUGAACUAUCCUAAUUUAUGCACCCCUAUAAAGUUUUCAACAAAAAGUGAAAGUGGUUUCAACCACACCCUCUGUGGCCACGCCUAUGGUGCUCUGCUUUUUAAUCAUCGGCUCACUAAAUCCUUCUAUUCAAUAUUGGAAUUCAAUCGCAUCACAUUCUCAUGGAAUAAAAUAAAAAUUAAUGUAUGUAGUUGUCUUAUCGAUGAUAUUAUACAUUUAUUUCUAAGUUAUUGUUAGUGUGUUUGUUGGUCGUUUUCAAGGAAAUCUUAAAACUUUACGAGAUGCAAAGUUACUGUUUUAGUACUAAAACUUUAUAGUUCUGUUGUAAGUUUCUCGCUGUAUACAGAAUGAAAUGAUAUUACAGAAUGCUGUAGUUAAUUUAGCUUUGCUGUUAUUUCUGUAAUUAUAUUUUUCAUUAAAAAUAUUGGUUUGUGAAAUUAUUUUUGAAAUUAAAUAAAUUUAUAUUUAUA